AUGAUUACAGGAUUCCUCAACACUGGUGAUAUUUUGCAGUACGUGCAGCAGUGUGAUAGCUCAAAGGAAACUGGAUAUGUUCCCAGCUCUUAUGUAGAAAUGCUAGAACACGACGCUGAAAAAGACCAUAUCGCGUCUGAACAACCCAAAGCAUACCAAGAGAUUUCUGCCGAUUUACACCAAAAGCAAGUCAACGAGUUGUAUCAUACCAAACAAGAUUCAGUAUCAGAAUCGAGUACAGGAUCGUACACCAAUUCAAAUACAUACUCGGAUAGUGAUGAUGAAUCAAGUGAUGAUCAAAAUUCAAAACGAGACGAUGCUGUCAACAAUAUUAUAGCCCAGCAACGUAUUAGCAGGAAACAAUCGCGAGCAUUGCUGCAUCAACAAAAACGCAGACUAGUUGGUCCAGGUUUACCAUUGAAAACCAUUGGUCAAUUGCCUUAUGGACUUUGCUAUUCUGCAUUAUCAGAAGCAUAUAAUGCAGGCCAGGGAAACAUUGAAGAGUUUUUAUCUCCAGAACUGAACUCAUCAGGUAUAGAUUUUGUAGAUCUUCAUCUGGAUAGAAAAAACAAGUUGCGUGAGAUAAGCUCCACGCUCAGUAUUGCCUUUAGCAUACUUGAUGCCAAGCAUAUUCGAGACAAACAAAUACAGUUUCCAAUAUGCGGACGACAAGUACGAAUGGCACUGGUGGAUAAAUCUAGUAUUUUAAGUAAUAUACAUACAGUCUCUGCAUACAUGCCUGAAUCCGAACAAGCUUGGCGAUUUUCAUCAAAAGCAUCGUUACUUUUUCCUAAAGACGAUGAAAACACUUGCUUUCUUAGAGCAAACAACAUUGAAAUCAGUGUGUGUCUUCUUUUUGAACUAUGUGUGAUGAUCAGAAAUCCCAAACAAAAACAAGAUUCAAAAGAGGACAAGGCUUUUGUAGAGGUAUCUCUUGGAUGGGGACUACUUCCGUUGUUUUCAGCAGAUGGGCCAUUGAUUGAAAACAAAACAUAUGAAAUCAAUUUGCACAAGGGAAACCCAUUUCAAAAGUCUAAUGAAAUUGAUGAACCUCUAGCUAAACGAGGCUUUCUUCAAGGAUUGAUGUUUCAGCAUCAACUUCCUCAAAUCCAUAUCCGUUUAUUAAAAUUGAGCAAAAACAUGGUCAAAAAGCUAAACCAUUUGCCCACUGUGAUAGUUGGCCAGCUUUCUUUAUGCACAAUAUUUUCGCUUUAUAGGCAGAUUCAGGCACGAGUACUUUCCACUACGAUACGUGAAAACUGUGGACAUAUCGAUGCCAUUUAUGAGCCAGUGUUGGGUAUUUUUCCAAAAAUACUAAGGCAACCUGAUAUUCUUCAGGCAGUGGCAUUAGCAUGGAAUCAACAUUUCAAAUUGCUCACCAGUGCUGAAAGGCGAUCGUUGAGCAAGAUACUUGAACGUUUUGGAUACUGCGUGCUUGAUUUUUGGACUGCUGUAUCUUUCAAGGAGCUUUCAGAGUAUAACAUUGGAGAUUAUAAUGCGUUAAAGACGAGGGGCUCCUAUAUAAAAAAACUUCAAGAUUGUGUAUCGGCAAAAUAUUUAAAGGGAAACGUUUCAGAAUUAUCUUUUCGACCAUUUAAUAUAGACGAAUUGAUUUUUUCAGCGUAAUACCAAAAACAAUAAAUUGACUUGAC